AUGAGAGAGGCUUUCACAUCCAAGAACAAGUGUCAUGCGGAGCUUUUAGACACAGGGAAUCUCGUUGUAAUCGAUGAUGUUUCAGGGAAAACGUUAUGGCAAAGCUUCGAGAAUCUUGGUAACACUAUGUUGCCUCAGUCUUCGGUGGCUUAUGAUCUUCCCCGUGGCAAGAAACGUGUGUUGACCCCAUGGAAGAGUAACAACGAUCCAUCCCCUGGAGAAUUCUCACUGGAGUUUACACCACAAGUCCCACCACAAGGCCUUAUAAGGAGAGGCUCAGAGCCUUACUGGAGAAGUGGUCCAUGGGCUAAAACAAGAUUCUCUGGUAUACCUGGAAUCGAUGCAUCUUAUGUAAGUCCAUUCACUGUUGUACAAGAUGUAGAGAAAGGCACAGCUUCUUUCUCUUAUUCACAGCUGAGAAACUAUAAGUUAUCGUAUGUUACACUAACAUCAGAGGGGCAAAUGAAGAUCCUAUGGAACGAUGGAAAGAAUUGGACUCUUCACUUUGCGGCUCCAUCGAGCUCAUGUGAUCUAUACGGUGCUUGUGGGCCUUUUGGUCUGUGUAUGAGGACGAGUACACCGAAGUGUAUAUGCUUGAAAGGGUUUGUACCAAAGUCAGACGAAGAGUGGAGAAAAGGGAACUGGACAAGUGGUUGCGUGAGGCAUACGCAACUCUCUUGCCAAGCGGAUUCUUCUAAAAACACACAAGGCAAAGACGCAGACAUCUUCUAUCAUAUGAAACAUGUCAAGACUCCGGAUGGUUACCAGUUUGCAAGCUUUCUCAAUGCGGAACAGUGUCACCAAGGUUGUCUUGGAAACUGUUCUUGCACAGCCUUUGCUUAUAUAAGCGGUAUUGGAUGCUUGGUAUGGAACCGAGAGCUUGUAGACACGGUUCAGUUUCUGUCUGAUGGAGAGUCCCUUUCCCUUCGUCUUGCAAGUUCGGAAUUGGCUGGAAGCACUCGAACAACGAUUAUUGCAGGUGCUACUGCAAGCCUUUCCGUUUUGGUGAUCUUGGUCUUUUCUGCGUAUAAGUUCUGGAGAUACAGAGCAAAAGAAAAUGAUUCAACUCUGAAGUUUGAGAUUGAUUGGCCAAAGAGAUUUGAUAUCAUUCAAGGUAUUGCACGUGGACUUCUCUACCUCCACCGUGACUCACGCCUAAGGGUCAUUCACCGAGACCUAAAGGUCAGCAAUAUUCUUCUGGACGAGAGAAUGAUCCCAAAGAUAUCAGAUUUUGGAUUAGCUCGGAUGUUUCAGGGAACCCAUUUUCAGGACAACACUCGCAGAGUUGUAGGAACUCUGUAA